AUGGAGAAUUCAAGUGGCGCCCAUGUUGAGGAGUUUGUCUUGGUGGGUUUCCCUACCUCUCUGCCUCUCCAGCUGCUCCUCUUUGUCUUGUUUUUAGUAAUCUAUCUGCUGACAUUGUUGGAGAAUGCACUCAUCAUUUCUACGAUCUGGCUCACUCCAAGCCUUCAUCGCCCCAUGUACUUCUUCCUUGCCCAUCUCUCUUUCCUGGAACUAUGGUACAUCAACGUUACUGUCCCCAGCCUGUUGGGAGCCUUUCUCACGCAGGAUGGCAGAGUCUCCUAUGUAGGCUGCAUGACCCAGCUCUACUUCUUCAUUGCUUUAGCCUGCACGGAAUGUGUCCUAUUGGCAGUUAUGGCUUACCACCGCUACCUGGCCAUCUGUGAACCACUCCGUUACCCUAGUCUCAUGCCUCCUAGCUUGGCCACUCGCCUUGCAGCUGCCUCUUGGGGUAGUGGCUUCUUCAGUUCAAUGAUGAAGCUUCUUUUCAUUUCCAGACUGUCCUACUGUGGCCCCAACAUCAUAAACCACUUUUUCUGUGAUAUCUCCCCCCUCCUCAACCUCACCUGCUCUGACAAGGAGCAAGCAGAGCUAGUGGACUUCCUCCUGGCUCUGGUCAUGAUACUGCUCCCUCUAGUGGCUGUGGUGUCUUCGUAUGCUGCCAUCAUUGUAGCCAUUUUGAAGAUCCCCACGGCCCGGGGGCGCCACAAAGCCUUCUCUACUUGUACCUCUCACCUGGCAGUGGUUGUUAUCUACUACUCCUCCACUCUUUUCACCUAUGCUCGGCCCCGGGCCAUGUACACCUUCAACCACAACAAAAUCAUUUCUGUGCUUUACACUGUCAUUGUGCCAUUCCUCAACCCAGCCAUCUACUGCCUGAGGAACAGGGAAGUGAAGGAUGCUUUCAGGAAGACAAUGCUAGGCAGGUGCCACUAUCCUAGGGAUGCCCCAGACUGA